CAGCGGAUCAACGGACAGAGCCGAAGAUUUCGGCUCGGUCAUGUGAUCAGCUGUGUCCAAUCACAUGGAACAUGUACACAGUGUGCCCUGAUGAUCAGUGUAGCCCCAGCAGUGCAACCUGUCAGUGUCCAUCAAUGCCACCUAUCAGUGCCUACGAGUACACAUCAAUGCAACAUAUCAGUGCCCAUCUGAGCUGCCUUCCAGUGUCACCUAUCAGUGCCAGUCAGUGCCACCUAUCAGUGCUGCCAAUCAGUUCCACCUAUCAGUGCCAGUCAGUGCCACCUAUCAGUGCCAGUCAUUGGCACCUAUCAGUGCCCGUCAGCGCCGCCUAUCAGUGCCAGUCA